GGUUUGGCUGAGAGCGGAAGAUCCCGGGACCGCGCGGCGUCCGGCUAGGUCUGGCCGGGGCGCAGGUCCUGCGGCGGCGUGCAGUCCGGCGGGGCGGCUGCGGCGCGCGCGCCGGGGCGGCCGCUCAGCCAUGAACCUGGAGCGGCUGCGGAAGCGCGUCCGGCAGUACCUGGACCAGCAACAGUAUCAGAGUGCUCUAUUUUGGGCAGAUAAGGUAGCUUCACUCUCACAUGAGGAACCCCAGGACAUUUACUGGCUGGCUCAAUGCCUUUACCUGACCGCACAGUACCACAGAGCAGCUCAUGCUCUUCGGUCACGGAAACUGGACAAAUUGUAUGAAGCAUGUCGUUACCUUGCAGCUAGAUGCCAUUAUGCAGCCAAAGAAUACCAGCAGGCCCUUGAUAUCCUUGAUAUGGAGGAGCCAAUCAACAAGAGAUUAUUUGAGAGACACUUGAAGGAUGAAAGUGGCUUGAAGGACCCCUCCAGUGACUGGGAAGUGUCACAGUCCUCAAUAAAGAGUUCUAUUUGUCUUUUACGAGGGAAAAUCUAUGAUGCUCUAGAUAACCGAACCCUCGCUACCUACAGCUAUAAAGAAGCUUUGAAGCUUGAUGUCUAUUGUUUUGAGGCAUUUGAUCUUUUAACAUCACACCACAUGUUGACAGCCCAAGAAGAAAAAGAACUUCUUGAAUCACUACCUCUUAGCAAGCUCUGUACUGAAGAACAGGAGUUGCUACAUUUUCUAUUUGAGAACAAAUUAAAAAAGUAUAAUAAGCCUAGUGAAACUGUCAUCCCUGAGUCUGUAGAUGGUUUGCAAGAGAACCUGGAUGUGGUGGUGUCUUUAGCUGAAAGACAUUAUUAUAACUGUGAUUUUAAAAUGUGCUACAAGCUCACUUCUGUAGCAAUGGAGAAAGACCCUUUCCAUGCAAGUUGUCUACCUGUGCAUAUAGGGACACUUGUGGAGCUGAAUAAAGCAAAUGAGCUUUUUUAUCUUUCUCAUAAGUUGGUGGAUUUAUAUCCUAGUAAUCCUGUGUCCUGGUUUGCAGUGGGAUGCUACUAUCUCAUGGUUGGUCAUAAAAAUGAACAUGCCAGAAGAUAUCUCAGCAAAGCCACCACGCUGGAGAAGACCUACGGGCCUGCGUGGAUAGCCUAUGGGCACUCCUUUGCAGUGGAGAGCGAACAUGACCAAGCCAUGGCUGCCUACUUCACAGCGGCCCAGCUGAUGAAAGGGUGUCAUUUGCCAAUGCUCUAUAUCGGAUUAGAAUAUGGAUUGACCAAUAAUUCAAAGUUGGCUGAAAGAUUCUUUGGCCAAGCUCUGAGCAUCGCACCUGAGGAUCCUUUUGUUAUGCAUGAAGUUGGUGUGGUUGCAUUUCAAAAUGGAGAGUGGAAAACAGCAGAAAAAUGGUUUCUUGAUGCUUUGGAAAAAAUUAAAGCAAUUGGAAAGGAGGUAACUGUUGACAAAUGGGAGCCUUUGUUGAACAACUUGGGGCAUGUCUGCAGAAAACUGAAGAAGUAUGCAGAAGCGCUGGAUUACCACCGGCAGGCCCUGGUGCUCAUCCCCCAGAACGCCUCCACAUACUCCGCCAUAGGGUACAUCCAUAGUCUGAUGGGCAACUUUGAAAAUGCUGUGGAUUAUUUCCAUACCCAGGCCCUUGGUCUUAGGCGAGAUGACACAUUUUCUGUUACAAUGCUUGGCCAUUGCAUUGAAAUGUACAUUGGUGAUUCGGAAGCAUAUAUUGGAGCAGACAUUAAAGACAAAUUAAAAUGUUAUGACUUUGAUGUGCAUACAAUGAAGACACUAAAAAACAUUAUUUCACCUCCGUGGGAUUUCAGGGAAUUUGAAGUAGAGAAACAGACUGUGGAAGAAACGGGGCUUGCGCCACUGGAAACCUCAAGAAAAACUCCAGAUUCCAGACCUUCCUUGGAAGAAACCUUUGAAAUUGAAAUGAAUGAAAGUGACAUGAUGUUAGAGACAUCUAUGUCAGACCACAGCACAUGACUCUGGAAGACCCUAGAGUAGCCGGUGCUCCCUCGCACCUCGUCCUGCCUUCAGAAUUUCCCCUUUCUUAACAUGAAUCCGGACCACACCUCUACGUUGAGGAAGGACAUUGCCUUCAGAGACAGGAUUGCAUAUUUUUGCAACAGAUGUUUUCUGAGCCCACAAAAUAGUAAUAUGUAGGGGAAUAAAGAAGGUAAAACUUC